AUGCCAGGGGGUAGUCGACGCCGUAAACAGCGUGAGCGGGAAGCACAAGAGAAGCGCAGCGACGAGGAAAAAACAGUGAUGCCACAAUUACGUUCCAGUAAUAUGACGACAAGAUCAAUGACAUCUAACGCCGUGUCCUCUGCGACGGGUCCCGAUCUCUCUCACGUUACGCCCGACGCGCUGUUGAGCCACACACCAGUGUAUUCGAAGAUCAGGCAUCAAGAGAAUCUACUCUUUCUUUUCACUCAAAGAGCCAAAGAUGGGGCCGUUCGUAAAAUGCACCAGACAUGGAUGGAGUGUCGAAGCCGAUGCGUGGAAGCUCUUCGCAGCAAUCGUCCAGCCGUAAUUAACGCAAAAUCUGGCUCGAAAUCGGAAAUCGAGCACACUUUGGCCGAAUUUGAGAAGUUCCUGAAAUUCGUGGGGCCUGACAAGAAUUUGAAUCUCUAUAAAUUUGUAAAAGAAGUCGUUUUUGACAACAUCAUGCUUUUACACCUCGAGGCAGACCGAAGCGGAUACUUGAACGAAGUACGAAAGCCACAUCGAAGCCAUUUUCAAGUGUUCGAGCAGCUGGCAGCUAUGCCUAAAAACUCAGGAAAGCCGAAGUAG